CAACAAUAAUUACUUACGCGCCCGCAAGACCUACCUCCCUAUCCAGCAUCAAAUCCCCACUCGCAACAAAUGCAUCAAUGACUACUCGAAGAACGCCGCUCAUGGACAUUUCCAACAACGACGUGACGAGUACUCCAGUCGCGACUGGCAGUAGGCGGAAAUCUGGACGCGCCGUGAAGGUCCCCGAAAAGUUCGUCCCCGAUGCGCCAUCCUCACAACAGGGAUCUGCGAGCGCAAAGCGGAAGAGGGGAGGAGAGGAUGCUGAGAAUGACGCGUCGGAUGUAGAUGAAGAGGAAGAGGAGAGCGAUGCGACCGUGGAGAGCGCUGCGGAGGAGGAAGUGAGAGAGAUUCGGCGGAAGGCAAAGACUACGAAGAAGCCGGCGGCAAAGAAACCAAAGGUCAAUGGCGCUGCGACACACGGAGAGGCACCCGCGGUCAAGCUUCCUGCCCGGCCCAAAAAGGCCAAGAAGGUGGCAAUAGCAGACAAGAGUGCGGAAGGACUCUAUGCUGAUGUGUACACGAGCGGCGAAUUAGCUGAAGACGUGGCGGGCCGAUGGCUGGUGAGAUACGAGGACAACGGCCAGGAGGCCCUGACCGAAUUUAUGAAUUUCAUCUUCAAGAGUGCGGGUUGCAGUGCGCAUGUCACGGUAGACGAUAUCAAUGAUCCAGACAAUGCGGAGAGCAGAAUAUCGGACAUGCAAGAUGAGCUUCAGGCUCAACAAGUCACUGAUUAUCCUCUCAUCUCGAAAACGAAGAGCGGCCACGCGUUCCGGACAGCUCUGAUAGACUUCAUCGAUGGUCUGAUUAGAGCCAUGCACACUAAAGGGGUUUUAUACACUGAAGAACCGUUGAUGGAGAACAUCCACGUCUGGCUCUCCUCAAUGACGGAUUCCUCUUCGCGGCCCUUCCGGCAUACCGCGACUCUGGUGGCAUUGGUCAUGACUAGUACCAUGAGCAAAAUCGCAAGUGCUGAGAUAGAUGCCUCUGCGAAAGUUCAACGCCAGCUCGAGGGCGAGAAGAAGAACAAGCGACCGAACAAAGCCAGACUUGCGGAUUUCCAGCAGAAGGUUGACACAAAUGAGAAGCGCAAGGAUUACAUUGAGGCACAACUCAAGGAUUUCUUCGAUACAGUCUACGUCCACAGAUAUCGCGAUAUCGAUCCCAAGAUCCGAAUUGAGUGCGUGGAAGCACUUGGAUAUUGGAUUCUCACAUUACCAAGCGUCUUCUUCGAAGGCCAAUAUCUGCGAUAUAUGGGAUGGAUGCUUUCAGAUACUCAUGCCGGUAUGCGACAAGAGGUUGUCAAGCAAUUAUCGAAAAUCAUGAAGAACCCGAGUAACCACGGUCAAAUGCGACACUUUAUCGAGCGAUUUAGGCCACGCCUCGUGGAGAUGGCGACCCGAGAUUCCGAACCAGGUGUCAGGGCAGCUGCGGUGGAGCUGAUGGAUUAUAUUCGACAAGCGGGAAUGUUAGAGCCCGAUGAUAUUGACGUCAUUGGCAAGCUCAUCUUCGAUUCAGAGCCGAGAGUUCGCAAAGCCUUGGUGGGUUUCUUCGCAGAGAACAUUAAGGAUUUGUAUGACAAUCGAAUUGAGGAAUUAGGUGGUGAAGAGGUUCUUGAAGACAUCCUCACCGUAGAGGACGAGGAAGAUUUCAGCACACCCCGCGCUGCUUGGAUUCGGUAUAAGUCGCUCGCAGAAAGUCUGUUGAGCUACGACAAUGAAGAUCAGGAAGAAAUGCCAAGUCAAAUUGAAGCAGCAGACUACCUGAAUGUUGCGGGCACGGAAUCCAGAUUCACACAUGCUGCCCAGGCGCUUUAUGACAAGGUGCCAGAUCUCAAGGAUUGGGAAACCCUGGCAGGUUACCUUCUAUACGACCAUUCUGCACCACUCACUGGCAACGAGACCGAACGAGCCCUGAAAGACACAGUAAAGCCCACGGAGAACGAAGAACUUAUUCUUCUGGAGAUACUCAAUGCUGUGGUAAAGGUUGCACUCACGCAUGCGCAUCAUUCAGAGAGCAGCAAGAAGACCAAGGCGGAAAUCCAAGAGGCGAAGGAGAAUGCCGCACGACGUUUGGCUGGCCUCAUUCCGAGCUUGCUGAAGAAAUACGGUGCGGAUCCAAAGACAGCAACGGUGGUACUUAGAUUAGAGCAUGUCUUAAAUCUUAGCAUCUUCGAAGAACUGCGACAAGACUCGACCGUGUAUGCAAAGUUGCUGGACGAAAUCAGCGCCCAGUUUAACGGCCAUGCCGACAAGGGUGUCCUGAAUGAGGCUGGCGCUGCACUGCUACACGCUCGCGGUUACGAGGAACUUGAAGAAGUCACGGAGAGCAGGAUGCAAUCACUUUGGGAUGACACCACCAGCGCCCUUCGGAAGAUCAACAAAGCAGGAGAGAUCUCGGUCCGAGGGGCGUUGCGGAACAAGAUUCUCACCGAGCUAUCACACAACCUCGCUCGACUCGAACAACUAGCCAGCAUAUCCAGCCCAGUUGACAGUUUGGAAGCGGAUACUGGCAAAGGCGAUCCUCUGCCUAUCAGUAUCCUUCUGGAUGUUAUCGCUCGUGGGGUAUUCGAGGACUCCAAUGAUGAGACGCUUGACGCUCUUGAGGAUGAAGUCGUUCUCUCUGCCAUUCGCUCGUCGAUGUUCUACUUCAUGUGGAAAGUAAAGUCCUUGACCGAUGCAGUAGCUGUUGGCGACGAGAUUCCAGAUCUUGACAUCGACCACUUGAAGGAAUUACAGGACAUCUUCACAACAAACCUCAUAGCCGCUUUUUCUUCGCGAUCUACCCUUGACCCUGUUCGGCUCAUUGGAGCCGGCGUUCUUCUCGAUCUCUACACUCUCUUCUCCACCCUCCGACCCUCGAAGAAGUCGAAAGCAAAGAACGGUGCUACUGCCAAUGCGGAGGCGAAUGGGAACCCGCACUUACAAUCACUCGUCCAAGAAAUCGGACCGGAAGUCCAGGCAGAACUCACUUCUAUCUUCGACGCAUUAGAAAAGCAAUUCUCCAAGAAAUCCAAGAAGACCCUUGCCGAACCAAGCGACGAUGAAGCACCCCAAGACCUGGACUCCGAGCCGGAAGACGAUGAAGACGAAGAGAUUACAGCCAACGAGAAACAGGCCGAGACCUUACGAGCCGAGCAACAGCUCUGCGAGCUGGCCGGCAAACUCAUCCUUGCGAUCCUGGCCCAAGUCAUCGACAUAUCCGGCGAACUAAAAGGGAAACUCCGCCACCGUCUGCAACGAAAUCGCUCUCGGCUAGGCCACAAUUUCAAGGAGGUGAUCGCGUAUCUCGAUGAUCCGAAGCUGAAGGCGAAAAAAAGCCACAAGAGUAAGGCGCAGCAGGUGGAGGAUGCGAGGAAGAAGGCAAUGAAGAGCAGGGAGUUGGUGGAGGAGGAUGAGGAUGAGGAUGAUCCGUUUGCGGAGGUGGAGCCGGAGGAGGGGACGGCUGAGGAUCUAAGGAGAAGAGAACUGCUAGAUGAGGAACCAGAAGGCGAUGAGGGUGCCGGUGAGGGCCCUGCUGGUGGUGGAGAGGACGAGGAUGAUGAUAUGCUUGGUGAUUGAUUGGGUUGUCUUUUUUGUAUGGACUUUCCACGAACGAUGUAGGAAUAAUGAGCGCAAGCUUAGCUGGCUUGGAUGAUAUGCGGGGGAGGGGGGUGUCUUACAUAGUUGCGUCACUUGGGUGCAUUUUGCAUUGCUGCUUUAUGAAUGGAAUGAAUGGUUUCCUUUUCUUCACGCAUGUACUCGAGCUGAGCUGAAUGUAGCAUCUCCUUUCUUCUAGCAGAAUAAUGAUACCUUUCUCUCUCCAGCCCUUAGGCAAGCGUCGG